AGAGAGAGAGAGAGAGAGACAUGGAGGAGACUUCCUGCGCCCCACCGAACUUCUCCUGGGUGGAGGUUAAUAAGGUGGCAGGUUUGGCCUGGCCCUGCAGCCCGGCUCAUUACCGCUUCCUACUGAAGAACGGGAUUAAACACCUGGUGUGUCUGUGUGAAUCCAAACCUCCGGGUUAUGAGAGCUGUCCGGAUCUCACACUACACCACAUCGCAAUGAAGGACUUCACUCCACCCAGUCUGGCUCAGAUCCAGACCUUUAUCUCUCUUACUGAGCAUGCCAGCACAGGACAGGCGGUCGCGGUGCACUGUAAGCACGGCCUCGGCCGCACAGGGACCAUGCUGGCCUGCUACCUGGCGAAGACGAGAAAUCUCUCAGGAGAGGAGGCGAUCAAAACCAUCCGGGAACUUCGCCCGGGGUCCAUCGAGACCCCCGAGCAGGAGAGGGCCGUACUGGAGUUUCAGCAGCACCUCAGACCAAAGACUUCUGUCUGAACAGUGGGACACAAACAGCAGUGAAGUGUUUCACCAUCACUGUACGAGUUCUCCACCAGAAAUAUUAUUAUACCAAAAUGAUGGACACGGAAAAGAGUCCAAGAUGGCUGAAAAUUUUAGUUGAUAAAAAUAUCUACUGAUUUUUUUUUUCACACUCUCUUUAUGAUAUACCUUGGAUAAAAGAUAAAUAAGGUGAUUAAUUAUUUUAUAUAUUAAUUAUUAUUUUGUUACUAGUAGGUCUCUCCGCGCUUGGCUGGUCUGAUCAUCACUCUUCACUGUCCUGAAGCCGGUUCACUAUGAACACAAACCAAAUCCUUCUGUCUGUACCACAGGUUUUACAGAAGUGUACACCCAUGCAAAUACAGACCACAACUCAGGGUGUGUCUGUGAAAACACCACCGGUCUCCAUGACAACAUUUGUUUCCAAACACUGUAUAAUCUCAGCCAUGCUCAAGCAUCAUCAAUCCUUUUUUUUUCUUUGUGUGUGUGUGGUUUCUGUUUUUACUGUACAGGAGGAGGGAUACUGUAUAACUGACACUUCACACGGUCUAAGGCUGGAUCAGGCAGUUCGCCUCCCUAUGAGGCUACAGGUCACCUGACCAGGCUAGACGGACAUUUAUCAGGGCUCCUUCUAGAUGAGUUAGACUUGACAGUUUUUCAUGGAUUUUUGAGGACGUUCAACUGAGAGCAAGUUUAAUCCUGAAAGAUCGUCCAGCCUGAGAGAUGUUCCAUCACGCUUACAGUAUGUCGACACCUGCCUCAGGUAUUACAUCAGCUUAACGAAGGCCCCUCUUCUUCUUAGUUUUAAAUCCUUCUUGGGUCUGAGA